GUUUCGCGACCGCCGAUCCAUUAAGAACAUCGCAUCUCCCUGACCGAGACCUACUGGUACGCGCUCGGAAACCGUGAUGACCGCAGUCUUUGGCGUGGGAAGUGUUUGGGAGACACACAGUGAAUAGAGGCGAUGACUUGUUAAGUAGAUAGAAUAUGACGUUGAUCUCUAAUCAUCGAGGUCUGUUGUUGGGAGUGACCCUUGUCGUUGUAAUAGCUCUCUUGGUGUCAGUUACCCAUGCGUUGCAAGGAUCUGCACUGGAGGAAGCACGACUGCAUCGGGAAAAUCUUGUGAAGAAGUAUUUAAAAAAGCUCAAGAAGGAGGAUGGCGCGAUCAAGCUCGUUGGCGGACGAGGUGAUUUUGAAGGCAAUGUGGAAAUUUUCCACGAUGGAAAAUGGGGUUCGGUUUGCGACGACGAGUGGGACUCGACCGAAGCGGAGGUAGUCUGCCGGCAGCUCGGUUUCCCGGGUCAUAUCAAGGUCACCCACAGUGGCUACUUUGGCAAAGCCAAGCGAAAGUUUUGGAUGGACAAUUUGUUCUGCGGCGGCAAAGAGACGGAGCUAGCGCACUGCCACUUUGAUGGAUGGGGUCACAGUGAUUGUGAGGCGAGCGAAUCAGCUGGGGUUAUUUGCAAAAAUGAUGAUGAAGAUGGAGUGAGCACGACACCUAAGCCGAUUCCGGAAAAGUUUAAUCCGAAAAAGAUGCCGUUGAUGAAGGACCUGGAGGUGCGACUGGCCGGUGGAAGGAUUCCUAAUGAGGGUCGAGUUGAGGUUCGCUUCGCUGGCAGUGGCACCGCUUGGGGAACGAUUUGCGCCGACGGUUGGUCACUUCUGGAGGGCAACGUGGUGUGCCGGCAGCUCGGACUGGGCUAUGCAAAUGAUGCCAUCCAGACGGAUUAUUUCGGUGGUUCCAACCGGAGCGAAAUCCUUCUCAGCGGCACGGAAUGCUACGGCAACGAAACCAGCUUGGGCGAUUGUUUGCACCACGAGGUGGGUUGGCACAGCAGCUGCAGCGAGCGGGGGACACAUGUGGCAGCCGUCACAUGUGUGGAUGUGAUGGCCGACCUGGCGUUUGACCACGUGGAAAUGGAACAGUCGCUGCACCUGGAGGACCGGCUGAUGUAUCUGCUGCAGUGUGCUAUGGAAGAGAACUGUGUGGCGUCGCAGGCGUACGAAAUCCAAAGGGACAACCCGAAUUGGCACAUGGAGACGAGGCGGUUGAUGAAAUUUACUGCCCGGGUGCUGAACACGGGGACGGCCGAUUUCCGUCCGCACAUUCCGAAGCACCUGUGGGAGUGGCAUCUGUGCCAUAUGCACUACCACAGCAUGGAGGUGUUUGCCACGUUCGACAUCUACAACGGGCAAGGAGUGAAGGUGGCCGAGGGCCAUAAGGCUUCGUUUUGUUUGGAGGACAACCAGUGCCUUCCGGGAACGGAACCCAAAUAUGCUUGUGCCAACUAUGGAGAUCAAGGAAUCUCGGUCAACUGCGCCGACAUCUACCGCCACAACAUCGACUGCCAGUGGGUGGACAUCAGCGAGCUCGAUUUCGGCCUGUACACCCUCCGGGUGGCCAUCAAUCCCGAGUUCAAGGUACCGGAGAUGAGCUACGACAAUAAUGCAGCCAUCUGCAGCCUACUGUACACGGAGACCUAUGCCCGGGCGUACGAUUGCAAAAUUACGCGACCAUAAAGCGGUCCCGGCGGAAUCGAAAAGCAUCUUGGUUGGUAGGUUGGUUUGUUGGAAAAUAAACAUUACAUUAACAGCGCACAGUGCAGCCUAGUGCAGUGCGGGCGGGUGUCUGCCUCUUCAUUAGGUUUAA